GUCUGCGCCCACAAAACUGAAAAAAUUAUUUCCUGCCAAAUUAUUCCAAGUUUCUUGUCCGGAAAAGAUUAUUCAAGGAUUUUGUGAUAUUGGAUUGUGAGCCGGUUAUGCAGGGUCACAUGACUGUAAAUACGGCUUUGGUUAUCACAAACUUGUCAAAGACGCUGAAUGUGGAGAAUUCAUCCACUAGGAACUGGAUAAAAAAUGGGACCGCCAAUCCAUAUGAUAUUACGAAGUUGUUGCUGUUCUCAGACUUCUUGGGGAGUCUUCGAAAGCCACUGGUCUUCACAAACAAAUCUACAAGUGAGAUAGAGGAGGAACAGCUUCUUACCUUGACUCCAAUUGUUGAUAACUCAAUGCAGCAAAGGUCUGUCAGGAAAAAUGACUGCCUUAGUUUCGAUUUGGUCCUCUUACCAAAACAUCUUCUCGUGAGGAUGGGAUUGUUUCAUGAUAGUUUGGUGCUUCUUAGUAUAGCAGGUGUUGAAUCUGCCGCGACUGGUGAUGUCUUGAAGACAAAUGGGAAUUGUAGGAGCAGAGUUGCACGAGUUAAUCAUGGACUGAAUGAAAGUGAUGAGGACAACCUCUACCUUUCCCCCAGCAUGUGGUUCAAUCUUCUUGACGUUCCAACCAUUCUUGACCCCGAACAGAAUUCAGUCAAAGUCAAUGUCCAGGUAUGGGACGAUAAAUUUUCUGGUAUUGACCUUGACUCGGAUGGUUCUGAUGACUCUGUGAAUACUCCGUCCACCAGCUUGUCCUGGAGUAGCGGCCUUCCUAUUGCUGAAGAGGUGCAACUGGCUCUUGUUUGUUCUCCCAACUACAGUGCUUCGAUCAACAUGGAAAAGGCUUUGAAGACUUUCUUCAGUGUUGAAAGGUUAAUUUGUCUGGGUGAUGUGCUGGCCAUCAACAAAGGUCCAACUGAUAUCUGUGAUGAUGAUACUCUGAUACGUUUGGAGUUUGGUGUUGUGUACUUCAAGGUGAUCAAGAUUUCCCCAACCUGUGCCCAGUGUUCAACAUAUGUAGCUAAUGUGAACUGCACUACAUUGUAUCAGACGGGUGUUGCUCAGAGUUACGUCCCUGCCUCGAUGGACUCCUUCUUCAGGUCGGAUCCCUCCAUGGACUACUGGAAUCAUUGCUCCCCUCCAGGAUUACUAAACUACACCAGUCAACUCUGCCAAAUGAUUGAGCCAUAUUUGUUCAGAAAAUCAAUGUCAGACCACCUGAGCCCCUCUCUUCUUCUGAUUGGUCCGAAUGGUGUUGGUAAAACCACAGUGGUCAUGAGUGCGGCUCGGAGGUUUGGUGUUCAUCUUGUCAAGGUCAACUGCCAUGAACUGUGUGGUGAGACGUCAGCAGCUUCCGAAGCAAAGAUAAAGAUGGUAUUUGCCAAAGCCGAGUCCUGUACACCGUGCAUCCUUCUGAUGCAGAAUAUACAUAUAUUGGGAAAAGAGAAAGAUGGCGUGAGUGAAGAUGCCAGAGUGAUUAGUACAUUUCACAGUUUACUGGAGAAGGCGGCAAACCAACCAGAAUUUCCCCUAAUUGUGAUCGGGUCUACGCCAUCUAUCAAACACAUUGACACCACCAUGUCUGAUGGAUUUUUACACGAGUUACACGUGACAAGUCCAGUUGAGGAGGAGAGGUUGGCUAUGUUGGUGGGUCUCCUGAAUGAUAGAAUUUGUGGAGCAGACGUCAAUCUGGCGCACGUCGCUCAGAGAAGUGCUGGCAUGAUGCUUGGUGAUCUAACCUCCUUGGUGACAUGUGUGAAGCGACAAGCCUAUCAGAGACUCCUUGGAAUGCUGUCAAUUCAUUACUCACUGGAUGAAGAAGAAGACUUGUGUCUCGCAGGAUUCUGUCUACUUCAAGCAGAUUUCGAUGCUGCGCUUGACAGACUUCAGGCUGUUCAUUCAGAUUCAAUCGGAGCUCCUAAGAUUCCAAACGUGACAUGGGACGACGUGGGAGGCCUCGCUGAGAUCAAGUCCGAGAUCCUGGAUACCAUUCAGUUACCCCUCCAGCACCCUGAACUCUUGGUAGCAGGACUCCGCAGAUCUGGGGUCUGUCUCUUCGGUCCCCCGGGUACCGGUAAAACUCUCCUUGCAAAGGCGGUGGCAACCGAAUGUUCCCUGAAUUUUUUGAGUGUCAAGGGUCCAGAGCUCAUCAAUAUGUAUGUUGGACAGAGUGAGGAGAAUGUUCGAGAAGUUUUCAGCCGAGCAAGGUGUGCUUCGCCGUGUGUGAUCUUCUUUGAUGAGUUAGACUCGUUAGCACCGAAUCGGGGGAGAAGUGGCGACUCUGGUGGUGUAAUGGACAGAGUGGUUUCCCAGCUUCUUGCUGAGCUUGAUGGCCUGAAUAAGUCAUGUGAUGUGUUCGUAAUCGGAGCGACAAAUAGACCUGAUCUAUUGGAUCCUGCUUUACUUAGACCUGGAAGAUUUGACAAACUUCUGUAUGUGGGAAUUAGUGAAGAUAAGGAGUCGCAACUGAAGGUGCUGCAAGCUUUAACAAGGAAAAUUGCCAUGUCCAAAGAGUGUAAUCUCGAGGCUGUGGUGGAGCGCUGCCCACCUAACAUGACUGGAGCAGAUUUCUAUGCCCUAUGCUCAGAUGCCGUGCUCUGUGCUGUCAAAAAGAAGAUUACACUCGUAGAACAAGGAAAAUGUUCUGAGGAGGAGAAACUGGUCGUUGAAGAAGACGAUUUCUUCUCGGCCUUGUCGACGCUGCAGCCAUCAGUGUCGCUGGAGGAACUGCAGUCUUUCAAAGAGAUCCAUGCGAAUCUCAAGAAGAAGGACCAAAAGAAAAUAACGCCCGCUCACAACAGUUGAGAUUUAUGUGAGCAUUGAAUGUGGCUCACUUGUGAUGUAUUUGUUCAAAUGCAAUGUUCCUAUCAGAGAAGUCUGCUUUGAGGCAGUAGAGCUGAAACAUUGACAUGAGCGUCCAGGGACAAUGUCAGAAUCCAAAUGGUACAACACCGAACAAUUUUAUGGACUAGUAACUCUCUUCGAAAUAGAGAGCAAAGAUUUACUGUGUAAUCAAUAGGUUUUUUAACCAAUCAACUGUUUUAGAAGUGGUAAAACAUAAACCUGAAUCUUCUUCCAUUAGAUAAGGUCAUGAUUUCAUUACCAGUGUAGGUUGACCUUAAUCUUGUUGCUUCAGAUAAGUAUAAGAUUUAAUUUACCAGUCUAUUCUUGCUGUAGAUAAGUUCAUGAUUCACUUUAGCGUUGUGUUCUGGCUUUAGAUAAGUUUAUGAUUCGCUUAAUUAGUGUAUUUUUGCUGUAGAUACAUGAGAUAAUUACAGAAAAAUUUAUGAUAUUUGUGCAUUAUAGAACUGCCCUCUAAUUGGCUAUAGUAUCACUAUCACAAGUUAUCCAUACUUGAUAUCAGAUAAAUUGCAGGGAUCCAUACAAAAUGUUAGUGUAUAUGUGUCGUAUGACUGUUUCAUUUUUACGAAUGUGUCACUAACUGUAAUGGCUUUCAUGAUAUGUUGAUAAAUCUCUGAAUCGCUUGCCAUCCAAUAUGUGAAUAAACCUUUGAUUACAAAUGA